AUGAAUAGAACUAAUAACAAAGAGGAUAUCACUCUGAUUUGGUUCGACUCAAACAUUGAUUCCAAUAAUCGAAUCGAACAAACAAACAAACAACUACAUCAAAUAAAUGAUUAUAUCGUAUUUCACACAGAAUUAAAAUCUUGUAUUAAUUCCGUUAAAUCGAUAAAUAAUGAAAAAAUCGUUUUUAUCUCUUCAAUUUAUGAUGCACCGCAAAUAUUACAACAUAUUAUAAAUCUACCUCAGCUUGAUAGUGUCUUUGUCUUGAACUUAGGAAAACUUGAUCAUGAACAUUUAGUUCUUGAACAGUCAAAACUUAUUGGCAUCUACGAUGAAUUCGAUUUAUUAUGUUUAUCAAUUCAAGAUCGAAUCGAUUUUCUCGAUCAAAAUUUACAAACAUUCAGUUUCUAUGAUCAAGGUGAAUAUUUGACUAAAGAUCUAUCAAAACAAACUGCUGAUCUUAUUUGGUUUCAACUUUAUCAUGAUAUUCUUUUUGAAUUAACAUAUGAUGAAGAUGCUAAACAAGAAAUGAUUGAUGUAUGUCGCUCCUAUUAUCAAAAUAAUAUCAAAGAAUUGGAAAUGAUUGAGAAGUUUAAAAAUGAAUAUCGAUCUGAAUACGUUCUUCAGUGGUAUCGGGAAAAAAUAUUUCUCUAUAAAAUGAUUAAAAAAGCAUUGAGAACAAAAGACUUCAAUCAACUGUACAUAUUUCGGUAUUUUAUGAAAGAUUUAACAGAAAGCUUUGUUCGAGAAAAUCAAAAGAUGGUUCAAUCUGGUGAAGAAAUAUUAUUCAUGUAUCGAGGAAUGAAAUUAACAAGUGAUCAAAUCGAGAAAUUCAAAGAGAAUACAGGUAAACUAGUUUCAAUCAAUGGAUUUUUCAUAACAAAUAGUCUUCGUUCAAUUGCAUUGAAUCAAGCAAUGAGAUCUUCAGAAAAAACCGAUCUCAUUCCUGUUCUCAUAGAAAUCCAAUGCGACCCACAACAUCUGAGCAAUAGUGUCAUUAUUACUAAUAGCGAUCACUUUAAUGAAUAUUUAUGUGAACAACAACAAGAAAUUCUAUUCGAUUCAAAUGUCACUUUUCGAUUAGUGUGUGCAGGAAUAGAAGAAGACAUAUGGUUGAUUAAAAUGACUGUAUCUAAUGAAGGUCAAAUUAUCAAAGAAAAGUAUAUCAAAGAUUCACAUCGUCAAAUGGAAGAUGUGAGUACUAGAAUUCUCUUUGGACGAUUGAUGUGUGAUAUAGGUCAAUGGGAUCAAUCACAACAUUUCUUUCAACUUUUAUUGAACAAUUCGAAUAGUAACAAUGAAGAUCUUGCAACAAUUGAAUUUAGUCUUGGUGAAGUUCUUCAAUGGAAAGGUGAAUGGAGUGAAGCACGGAAAUAUUAUAAUCAUGCUUAUGAUCGGAUAAUGAACGUAAAACCAACAAAGAUCAAAGAUUCAGCUAAGAUACUCUUCAAUAUUGGUGAAAUAUUGUAUCUAGAAGGAAAGUAUGAAGAAGCGUAUGAUUAUUAUGAACAAGUAUUAGCAAUACGAAAACAAAAUUAUUCUUUUUCAAAGAAUGUUAGACUUUGCCCAUCCAAUCAUCAGCGUAAUAGUUUGCUAAAUCAUAUUCGCAUGUCGUCGUUUGGGUCGGCUUCAUUGAAUUCAAGAGGAUUUGCUCAAUCGUGUUGUCGAUGGUAUUGCACAACAAAGUUUAGACGAAUUUCUCGGUGGUAUUGCACUGUAAAAUUUCGACAAAUUUUCUUUCAAUUCCCAUCAAAAUAUGCAACAAACAAGGUAGGACUUAUUGGUAAACAGUUAUCCAAAAGACGUUUGGUAGACAAGUCUCGAAAUGUACACGAAAUUGACUCAUUGCAAACGAAUCAAAUUAACCGAGGUAGUGAUGUGCUUAUUGCUGCUACUCUUCGUAGCUUUGGCAACAUUCUCUUUCAACAAGUCAAAUAUGAUGAAGCGCUUAUCUUUCAUCAACAAGCAUUGACAAUACUCGAAGAAUAUUAUCAAUAUCCUCAUAUUGAUAUUGCUGUUAGCUUUGGUUAUAUUGGUAGCGUUCUUAUGUGCCAAGAAAAAUAUGAUAAAGCUCUUGAUUUCUGUCAACGAGCAAUUUCAAUCUACACAGGGUACUAUCCAAAUGGUCAUAUAUACACUGCAUCCACGCUCGACUAUAUCGGUUACAUUCUCUAUCUUGAAAAAAUGUAUGAUGAAGCUCUAAAGAUUUAUGAGCAAGAAUUGGCAAUGUUACAAAAAUAUUAUCCAUGUGGACAUGUUAAUAUAGCUUAUGCUCUAUGUGGAAUAGGAAGUGUUCAUUGUGGACAAAGAAAAUAUGAUGAAGCUAUAACAUUUUACAAACAAACAUUGGAUAUUGCACAGAAGUAUUAUUUUCCUGGUCAUAGCAAUAUUAUUUGUACUCUAAAUCACAUUGGCUAUGUACAAAGGAAGCAACAAAAGCAUAAUGAAGCUCUUGAUUUUCAUCGACGAGCACUAGCACUUCAAGAGAAAUAUUACCCAAUGUAUUAUGCAAAUAUCGCUCAUACUCUCAAUGACAUUGGUGACGUUCUCAUUGAUCAAGAAAAAUAUGAUGAAACCUUGAAGUUUUAUAACCGUGCACUCGAAAUGCAAGAAAAGUAUUAUCCAAAUAGCCAUGUGGACAUUGCGACUACUCUCAAUAAGAUUGGUAGAACAUUUCGUCGGCAAAAAAAGUUCGAUAAAGCGAUUGAAUAUCAUCAAAAAGCAUUAGAAAUUCAAGAGAAACAUUAUUUAUCAGACAGUGUAAUCAUAAUUGAUACUAUCAAUCCUAGUGGUCACGUUCUGUAUGAGGAAAAACAGUAUGAUGCAGUCAAUGACUAUUUUCGACGAGCACUUUCAACACAAGAGAACUUCUAUCCUGAUGGUCACAUUGAAACUUCUCGUACUCUCGAUUCUAUUGGUAGAACUCUAUACAAACAAAAGAAAUACGAUGAAGCUAUUCAGGUUCAUCAAAAAGCCUUGACUAUUCAAGAAAAGCAAUUUAGAUUGGCUCAUGUCGACGUCGCAGAUAGUUUGAACAAUAUUGGUAAUAUCCUAUGUAGCCAAGAGAAAUAUGAUCAAGCCAUUGAUUUCUAUCAACGAUCAUUAGCUAUUCGUGAGAAAUUCGAUCCAUUUGGUUAUGCUGGCAUCGCUGCCGUUCUUCGCAAUAUUGGAUUAGCACUUCAUGAACAAGAAAAGUAUGAUAAAGCUCUGAACUUCUAUCAACGAGCACUUGCAGUUCAAGAGAAUUUUGAUGCAAUUAAUCAUGUUGGCAUUGUUGAUAUUCUGAUAAACAUCGCCAAUACUCUAAGAGAUCAAGGAAGGUAUAAUGAAGCCAUUGAGUUUCAACAGAGGGCAUUGACAAUUCGAGAAGACAAACAUUCCACAUGUCAUGAACUAAUUGCGAAUAGCUUGAAUCACAUCGGUCAUAUUCGACUUGAUCAAAGAGAAUAUAGUCUAGCACUCGAAUGUUAUCAACGAGCUUUAACAAUUCUUAAAAAUUGUUAUCCAUCUGGCGAUGUGAAUAUUGCUCAAAGUCUACGAUAUAUCGGUGAUGCACUAUAUGUACAAGGCAAAUAUGAAGAAGCUUUCGAUUUCUGUCAACAAGCACUGACAAUCUAUGAGCAGCAUUAUCCAUCUGGUCAUGAAAAUCUUGCCACAUGUCUGAAUAAUAUUGGUAAUAUAUACAGUGAUCAAGAACAGUAUGAUAAAGCUAUUGAUUUUUAUAAUUCAACAUUAGAUCAAUGCAGUGGACAAUGUAUUCGUGGUAAUUUAGAUAAUUGGAAAGAUUUUGUGUGCUUAUGUCCUCGUUGUUAUCAUGAAAGUGUUGGUCAAUUACAAUACUAA